AUGAAGAAGGACGGCCGCCCCGAUGCGCCAUAUAAACGCUUCUGGAACAACGAGGACGGCACCCACGAGCACCACCUCAAGGUCGCCAAGCGCCAGGAGAAGCUGUCCGACAUGUUCCAGAGCCUGAUGCUGGGCAAGAAGAAGGGCGAAACCCACGAGGACCAGCCCCUGAGCCUCAUGGCAAACUGGGUCGACGUCAUGCGCAACGAGAAGGAGAAGCUCGCGGAGCAGAAGAACUCUGGCAACCACUUGCCACAGACACUGGUGCAGAAGUAUGGCAAGUGCCAGGAGGUCGUUGGUCGUGGAGCUUUUGGCAUCGUCAGAGUUGCACACAAACCAGACCCCAAGGAUUCAAGACGCGAGCAGCUGUACGCUGUCAAGGAGUUUAAGCAACGUCCAGGAGAAUCUGCCAAGCGCUACCAGAAGCGCCUCACAUCCGAAUUCUGCAUAUCAUCCUCGAUGCAGCAUCCAAAUGUCAUUACCACGCUAGAUCUCCUGCAAGACGAGAAGGGCACGUACUGCGAAGUCAUGGAAUACUGCUCAGGCGGUGACCUAUACACUCUGGUGCUUGCGGCCGGUCAACUAGAGGUCGUCGAGGCCGACUGCUUCUUCAAGCAGCUCAUGCGCGGUGUUGAGUACAUGCACGAAAUGGGUGUCGCCCAUCGCGACCUCAAGCCCGAGAACCUGCUCCUCACAAGCCACGGAUCCAUCAAGAUCACCGAUUUCGGAAAUGGAGAGUGCUUUCGAAUGGCUUGGGAAAAGGAGGCGCACAUGACUGCUGGCCUAUGCGGUUCUGCACCGUACAUUGCACCCGAGGAGUAUGUCGACAAAGAGUUCGAUCCCCGCGCUGUCGAUGUCUGGGCCUGCGGCAUCAUCUACAUGGCCAUGCGGACCGGACGGCAUCUGUGGCGUGUCGCACAAAAAGGCGAGGACGAGUUUUUCGACCGCUAUCUCGAAGACCGGAAACAGGAAGAAGGUUACCGACCUAUCGAGGUAUUACGAAGGCGUCAAUGUCGCAACGUGAUCUAUUCUAUCCUGGACCCAAUUCCGGCUCGCCGCCUCACUGCUCAUCAAGUCCUCGCCUCUGAAUGGGUUUCCGAGGCCAAGGUCUGCCACGCUGGCAACGAGGGCUUUUAA